AUGCACUUCCCGGAACCCAACCCGACCGCCAGCCUCUUGCUCUCGCAUCGGCCUCCUGCAGGCAAAGUUGCGUUGGUAUUGGGAACGGGCAAGCUUGCAGCGUCAAGAUGCUUUGCGUGCCUCGAAGCUGGCAUCCAGCCUGUUGUCAUCAGUGUUGCUGCAUCGCCCGAACUUCACGUUGGCUCUUCUUCGCUCUUUCAACCCUGCGCAGAGCUCGAACAUCGCAUCGCCUCAGGACAAGUGGUACACCACAUUGUUGAUGUUGACUGUUUCUCCACAAAGCAGUCAGUGGAACUCACAUGGAACGGUAUUCUAGACACGUUUGACGGCGAGAUCAACGCCAUCUUUGCUGUUUGCGUCACCGACACACUUCAUUCUGGAGAUGAAACCCAGAAUGCCCCCACCAAAUCCAACUCAAGAAACGUUGAUGGCGAUGAUGAUGAUGACUCGGUUGUUGCAGAGAUGGCCCUGACAUCGUACGCACGAGCCGAAGUCAUCGCUCAACUUUGCCGAAAACGACGAAUCCCGAUCAAUGUAGCCGACAAGCCAAAUCUGUGCGACUUUUCCUUUCCCGCCAACUACCGCUUCCCAUGCAGCAGCGCUAUACUUGAGGCGUCAUCUGCACAGUCCAACAGAACCUGUUCAGCUCUCCCAUCAGCGUCAUCUUCUUCCUUGCAGAUCGCGGUGACCACCAACGGCCGUGGGUGUCGUCUCGCCGGCCGCAUUCGACGAGAGAUUGUAUCGGCUCUUCCACACAAUGUGGGCGAUGCCGUUGAAAAGGUCGGUUUGAUGCGUGAUCUCGCCAAACGGCAAUCGGAAGCUCCCGUAUCAGCUGCCAAACGUAAAAAGCGUAGCGACGCUCCCACGGCUAAGACCGGAAUCGCCGAAGUAGAGGAGGAGGACCUCUCUUUCGAUUCAACGCCACUCAACAGCCCCGUGCCGCAGCUGAUACCCAAGAACCCUAUCGACAGCAUCGGUACCAGUGUUCGAAUCACACAGCUACAAGCAAAGCACGAUCAGGGACUGCAACAAGCAGAAGAGCGCACGAAACGUCGGAUGCGUUGGGUCGCGCAGAUCAGCGAAUAUUGGCCCAUCGAGUAUCUGGGCAAUCUGGGCGAGCAGCAGAUGAGCGAAGCCCUUCGGGCACAUGGUGAAGAACAGUCUCAUCAAAGUGCAGCUUCAGUGAAUACCACCCUGGUGAAUACCACAUCGUCGAUAGCGGUAGGACAAGAGGGCCAAGAUGCGUCUAGAGGCCGCUCCACUCUUGUUCGCAGCAACCAGCAUUCCGAGACGGCAGCUGGCAUUGGAGCAACUGCUCCUUCUUGUGCAGCUCAUCGCGCUCGUUCUCAGCACUCGCUCGACAUUCGUCCUCCGCAGCCGACCUCGACUAGACGAGGUCACAUCUACCUUCUUGGCUCGGGUCCUGGUCAUCCGGGCCUUCUCACCACUCUCGCCUACAAACUCCUUACGUCACCCUCGACCGAUCUCAUCCUGUCUGACAAGCUGGUGCCGGCUUCUAUCCUCAAAUUGAUCCCCAAGAGCACACCUCUGGAGAUCGCCAAAAAAUUCCCUGGCAAUGCUGAGGGUGCCCAGUCCGAGCUUAUUGCCAAAGCGCUGCGUGCUGCCCUGGAAGAGGGAAAGACCGUGGUCAGGCUGAAACAGGGCGACCCGUUCGUCUACGGUCGAGGGGGCGAAGAAGUCUUGGCGUUCCGAAACGCUGGUAUCGAGUGUACGGUUGUACCCGGCAUCAGCAGCAGCAUCGCAGCACCGGCCAUGUUGGGCAUUCCAGUCACUCAGAGAGGCGCAGCCGACUCGCUUGUGCUGUGCACCGGGGUUGGAAAGGGGGGCAAGAAGGUCAAGCUGCCCGGCUAUGAUCGCAGUCGCACGUUGAUCAUUCUGAUGGGAGUAGCACGACUUGGUGCUGUGGUAGCUACCCUUACUGCCGGUGCACCUCAAUCUGCAUCCUCAACAACUGUCGCAGACGAAGAGAGCAUCGGCGAUCGAGAAGGUGCCGUCUUCCCACCCUACACGCCCAUCGCAAUCAUCGAACGUGCUAGUUCUUCAGACCAAAGAAUGGUCGCUAGCACGCUCGACGGUAUCGUGGAAGCGCUCGAGAACAGUGGCGAGCAACGACCGCCCGGUAUGAUGGUCAUCGGCUGGUCCGUGCUUUCUCUAGAAGGGAAGGGUGACGUGUCUAUCCAAGACGACGCGCUUUCGAUCAACGAUCCAGAGGAGCUCGCGAAGAAGGAUCGAGGAAGGGUGCAGAGCUGGCUCAAGGGUCGUAGGUGGAUUGUACGUGAAGGGCUUGAUCACUCGUAUAGAUCUGCUUUGCAUGCUUUUCACGCGACUGCGUUGCAGUUUCCAGAUAGCGGCAGUGUCGCAGAUGUGCCGCUGUCACACCAUGCACACGCUAAGGGUCCAGGUGAGCCAACAACACAGCCAACUGAUGUGGCUGCUGAUACGCUGAGCCAGCGAGGCGAAAGCGGUUGGGCACCGCCACGCUACCCUACAGGUGUACCAGAGGGAGGCUGGGUGCCUGGCGAGGCACCGAAUCGACCAGCAACCGAUCAACUCGCCUACGAACAGAAUAAGACGUAUGUCGAGAUUCAGGCUCGUCUUCAACACCUGUCAACUUAA